AUGCCCGCCUCGGGAAGGCUCGAGGACCGCUCGGAGAGGUCCGCAAGCGACUCCGUGCCGCUCGACUCCGUGUCGCUCGUCUUGUCGCUCGUGGCCUCGCUGGCGGCCAACUCCACUCCGGGCAGCUCGAGCGCCGUGAGCGCCCCGGCCAGGGGCUGGCCCGACGUGCCGUUGCCUGGGCGGGGCUCGGAGACCCGCGUGACGAGCCUCUGCAGCUCGGGCAGGUCGCGAGCCCACGGAGCCAGAGACCCGGGAAGCCUCAGCCCAUCGGGCCUGCGACACCCGCCAGGGCCGAGGGCGCCGAAGCCCAGUGCGGCGCCCCCACGGCCAGCGGACGACCUGCCCAGCACGGAGCACUGGAGCCCCAAGCCCGCGCAAGGGUUCCCGCGGGCCACCCUUGGGGGAACCAACAGGUACCGAUGCCGCUGCUCCCCAGACCUCUCCUGGGGCGCGUGCUGA